GUCCCAGUAAGAAGCUGCAGAUGAAUGAAUGAGUGUUGAGGGGGAGGAUUAAGCACACUUGUGUGACCUGAAGCAAGCAGUAAGGAAAAUAUUGAUAGCUACAAAAGUCUCCCGUGUUUAACUAAUCAAUGUUAAAGAUUCAAGGGAAAACAAUAGUGGAGUUAAUGCAGUGUGAAAGAGGUGCAGACGGAGCUGCGGUAUGGAAACACUAGUCGACUUGCAGACAAAGUCAGCGCAACAGUUGCUUUUGUAAACGACUCGGAAUAAAUGCGAGACCCAACCGGAGGAUGGUUCCGAGUAAGUGGACUAUGAACACGGCUCUUCAUCACAAAUCCCCUCCGAGAAGCUGGCUUGGUAUCCGACUGCGUCUCAAUGAGAAGGCUGCACAGGAGGAGGAGUGUGUGGAGUGUCAGCAUCCAGACUGCACUGAGCGCCGUCGGGCCUCCAAGGUGUGCCAUCAUCCAGGCUGUCAGGAUCUGAACAAUAAGAGUCCUCUUCACCUGUGCGAGUCAUGCGACUCCCGCUGCCACUCGGACGAAACUGACAGCAUGCACUUUGACCGUCACCCUCGCUUUGACCUGCAGCCACAGAGUUCCAUCCUGGCCCGGAAUGUGUCUACUCGCUCCUGCCCCCCACGCACCAGCCCUCCUUCUGACCUGGAUGAGGAGGAGGAGAGCGGCACAGAGAAAGGGGAGCGUAAGGUAGGACCGAUGAAGAUAAGGAAGAAGCCCCGGAGACGUUACACUGAUGACCCCACCAAGGAGUGCUUCACUCUCAAAUUUGACCUGAAUGUCGACAUCAUCACGGAGAUCGUUCCUGCACUGAAAAAGAAGACGCUGAGAGAGGUGCUGGGGCCUGUCUUUGAGCGGAAGGGGGUCGAGCUGUCUCGAGUUGACUUGUUCCUGGACCAAUCCAACACCCCUCUGUCACUCAGCUUUGAAGCCUACCCUUUCGGAGGACACUACAUUAAAGUUAAAGCUCGUCCUGGUGAUGAGCUGAAGGUGGAGAAGGAAGUAAAAGAGUCUUCUACGCUGCCCAAUAUGAAGAUUUCAGUUGGGGGAAGUCCCUACAUCCUCAACCCUUCCCAUGACAAGGUUGAACAUGGCUCACUUACCCACCAAGAGAGUGUGGACCUACUGGGUCAGGUUCACGCACGUCGGCGGAAGAACAUGACCGAAUUCCUGGGUGAUGCCAACAUCCCAUCUCCAGACUCCUUGGCUCAGCUCGGUGGUUCUCUUCCGACCAUGGCCCUUUCCGGUUACGAUAAACACAAGAACCGCAGUGCUAGCCGCUUUAGCGGGUUCUUCUUUCCCUCUUACAAGGAGGUGGAUCGUGUGGAGCAGCUCAACAGUAAACUACAGGUGUACUCGUGCCAUGGUUUGCCUAAGAUGCAUCCACAACUCUCGUUCCACCAUGACUCCUGGGAAGAGGAGGAAGUGGAGCCAGACCUGACACUAGAGGAAAGCUGGCAGGGGCUGCUGGAGAACCCAGAGACUCUGAGCAGGCGGCAGUUCCACCAGCAAGAGGCGAUAUGGGAACUGUUGCACACUGAAGCCACCUACAUCAAGAAGCUGAAGGUCAUCACUGAUCUUUUUCUGUGUGGCCUGCUAAACCUGCAGGACUGUGGCCUCCUUAAUGAAGUGGAACCAGCCAAGCUGUUCAAUAACAUCCAAGACCUGGUGCGAGUACACACAGCACUGUGGAGUCAGGUCAUGGUACCUGCGCUGCAAAAAGCUCGGCAAGACCGGAGCCUGCUCGAUCCAACCGAUCUACUCCCGGGCUUCCAGACUUUUGCAUCCAGGUUUCAGCCCUACAUGCGCUACUGCAUGGAGGAGGAGAGCUGUAUGGAGUAUAUGCGCGCACAGCUGAGAGACAACGAGCUCUACAGGAUCUACAUCACAUGGGCUGAGGGAAACAAGCAGUGCAAUCGGUUGAAACUGACCGACAUGCUGGCGAAGCCACACCAGAGACUCACCAAAUACCCCCUGCUGCUCAAAACCAUCCUGAAGAAAACAGAUGAUCCUGCAGCAAAAGACUUGCUCCUGAGCAUGGUGGCAUGCGUCGAGAGCUUCAUCAACAGUGUGGACUCUCAGAUGCGCCAGAGGCAGGAGCGGCAGAAGCUGGCGGCCACUUCAGCUCGAGUAGAGACCUACGAGGCAGUGGAGGGAGCCAGUGAGGAGGUGGAGAGGAUCCUGAAAGAGUUUAACCACAUGGACCUGACGGCGCCUAUGAUUGACGUCUCUCCAGAGGAGACCAGGCAGCUCCUCCUAGAAGGAGCACUACGUAUGAAAGAAGGCAAAGACAGCAGGAUGGAAGUCUACUGCUUCUUAUUCACCGACCUCUUGCUCAUCACGAAGCCCGUGAAGCGUUUGGAGAAGGUGAAAGUGAUUCGGCAACCCCUCCUUCUUCAUAACGUUGUGUGCAAGGAGCUCAAAGAUCCAGGUUCUUUUGUUCUCAUAUACCUCAAUGAGUUCAAAAGUGCUGUGGCUGCCUACUCAUUCCAGGCCAACAGCGCCCCCCAGGGGCGAGCUUGGAUCGACACGAUCAGCACUGUGAAGACCCAGCUACAGCGGCUUCGUUGUGAGGAGGCUCGACGGCACCAGGCUGGACAAAAACCAAUGCUGGUGAAAGAAGAGGAGGAGGAUGGAGGUGAACAGAGCAGUAACUCAACUGCCAGCUCUCCACGCCUUGGAAGUAAAGGACAGCUUAACACAGGGAACUCGGACGGUUCCACAGAGACGCUGUCCGUGAUGGAAACAGAGGACUCAGGAGCAUGCUCAGAUCUACAAACUGAUUCUGACACACUACCAUCUUCCCUCCCCAGCAGCGUCGAGCUUCAGCCUUCCCAGCAUGCCCCAGAGGGCUCCGACCUUGACCCAGAUCAUCGCAGUCUGUCUAUGGACAGUGCCUAUGGCACACUUUCCCCUGAGUUGCUCCUGGAUCUGCAAAAUCAGACACCCUCGAGCGAACAGGAGGAGACUGAGGGAGACAGUGGAGCGGUAGCAGUGGAGGAUGAAGAGAAAGAGGAUGAAGAAGACGAAGAGUCUGAUGACCGGAGCUCAUCAGACUCUCGAGUCUCAGUGGCAUCCCAUCUGAAACCCAGGCGGCGUCCACCGGUGCAGUUUCGCAUGCAUUGUCUUCAGAAGCUGGAAAAUAAGUCUCAUUCAGAGGACAAUCUGUUGCAGCGGGUCAAUGGGGAGGACACGCAGGGCACAGGCGAAGACGUUGCACGGGGCUCAGAUGCCCCUUACCAGCUGGGUCUGGAGUGGGCAGAAGGGCUGGCACACAGCAAGAGCCUAACCGAACUGAGCAUAGCUAACACAGAACCGUCUCACCAGAUAGAAACAGAGAGAACGCAGAGCGAGCGACUGGCACACAGCUUGCCGUCUUAUGUGUUCAGGAACACACUGAGGCGGCGCAACUACAAAAAGGACAAAAAGAAAGACGUAAAGGACCGCAGCGGCUCAGACGGAGAAAUUACACCUCCAAGAUCUCACGAGGAGACCUGUGGUGCUUCAGAGGAUGACCUGGGCAGUGGGAAGAAAUCACAGCAGCACAAGAAGCUCACAGUGGCACAGCUAUAUAAAAUACGCACCACACUGGUGCUGAACUCCACGCUUACGGCCUCGGAAGUGUAGAAGCAACCAGUUCGUCACUCCACGAGCAGCACCACUUUCAGCCUGAUUGGACUGACUGGCUUGCUUCCCACAUGAAUCCAAUGUACUCUGACCAAUGAGCUUUUUUUGCACUUUUUUAAUAAUACAAGUAGCUUUUAUACAGAGGGAGCUAAACUUUAGGAGAAAAAAGAUCUUGAGUAAGAUGCAGAAACAUGGGAAAAGUUCCAGCCUUACUAUGGUCCAUUUGUGCACUUGGACCUGAUCAGAAGGAGGAAAGGACACAAAGCUCUUAAUCACAGUGUUUUUUUUGUUUUUUUUUGUUAGUUUUUUUCUGUACAAUCUUUACACAUUAUUCUACAAUGGAGAAAUACCUCUGACCUCGAGGGGAGUUUCAUUUCAGGUUUGUGCCUUCACCCUAAAUUUCAGACUGUCUACGUGACUUACUGUACAUGGUUCCGUCAGUGCUUACGAGGCCAUGAGUGUUCCUCUAGCUGCCAUACAUAAGCAACGGGAAAAGGGAAAGCCAUACGGAGGUUGUCUGUACGAGGAAAAAGCCAAACCAAAAAUUAGGCUCUAAUUGCACAAUUUGAGUAAUCUGUUAACAGCUCACACCUUCACUGUAUUUCUUUUUGUGUGUUUGUGAAUGUUAAUGUGUGUGAUGUUGACUGUGAACAUGUAAUGCCACCAAGGUUGAAAGUGUGUGUGAGAGAGAAAGUGUGUGUGUGUGUGUGUGUGUGUGUGUGUGUGUGUGUGUAAAUUAUGACCUAAACUACAGGCUGAAACCAAAAAUAACUAUUAAAAAGGUGGCAUGAUAAAUGACUUGAGUAGACACUUAAAGGAUAUAAAACACAAGGACCAGUAUUAACAGUAAAGCAGCAGUGAUUGCUUAUUUAGCGUGUUCUUGUUUGUGUCUACGCACGUUCUACUCAAUACUGUCUCAUUAUCUCUGCUGUAACUCCAGAGUAGCGUCUGUAGUAUUAAAGAGAUGAGGUGAACUGACACCAGUGUGUAAGUAGACAUUGUCAGGAUUCCUUACACAAACAAUAGAGUGACACCAAACUAAAUUCCUUCAUUAAACUUAACGUCACCUGAGUUUUGUUUAAAGACUGAAAAACAUGAUCCGGUUUUACGUUUAGGGAAAUAAAUGUGAGAAAGUCCUUAUCAAGGCUUUACUCGCAGUCUCUUUAACCCUGCUAUGAUAUAUUUCCCACUCAUUUUGGGUCCGUAUCAUAUGAUUUACCUUUAUAUUGAUUGAUAAUCAACUGAUCACAGAUCAGCACUUAUUAGCAACCAAUUCAAGACACUGACAUGGAACAGGAUUUGGAUUUAGACUGAAUUUACUUGGUUUCUGCAAACCUCACAUUAACAUUAGGGUUAUUUAUAAAAAAAUAAUACACAAAUGACCUAUUAUUAAUGUUUAAAGGUGUUAAAAUUACAUUCUGCCUAAUUUACUAAACCAAAUCCUUAUAAAUGUACUAUUUGUAAAUUUGCCCAAAAUUAAUAUUGUAUUAAUUGUCUUUUUGUUUCAUAAUAUUUAUUAAGCUUGCUUUGUUUUUAUAUCUGAAACAUGGUUUGUAAAUGUAUUGUUUAUUUCAUGCCUUUUUUUUUCCAAGUUGUUUUUCAGGUUAAUUGUGUUAAAUUGUUAUUUGUUUAAUUAAGAGGUUAAUCUGCUGAGAACCAAAAUAACCUUGUUCCCAGUUAUGGGGAAAUUGUCCUGCAUGUAAUAAAAAGGCAUCUGAUCUUA